GUAGUACAUAACACAGCUAUUCCCAAUGCACUAGCUGUCGACUGGAUUGGAAAGAAUCUCUAUUGGUCUGAUGCAGAAAAAAGGAUUAUCGAAGUAUCAAAACUCAAUGGCUUAUACCCCACUGUUCUUGUGAAAAAAAGGGUGAAGUUUCCUAGAGAUCUAUCUUUAGAUCCUCAAGCUGGAUAUUUGUACUGGAUUGAUUGCUGUGAGUAUCCUCACAUUGGCCGGGUUGGAAUGGAUGGCACCAAUCAAACUGUUGUCAUAGAAACACAGAUCUCCAGACCUAUGGCUCUUACAAUAGAUUAUGUCAACAGUAGGCUCUACUGGUCUGAUGAAAACCAUAUUGAGUUUGCUGACAUGGAUGGAUUUCGUAGACAUAAAGUCCCUAAUCAAGAUAUUCCAGGGGUGAUUGCACUAACAUUGUUUGAAGACUACAUCUACUGGACAGAUGGGAAAACCAAGUCACUGAGCCGUGCCCACAAAACCUCUGGAGCAGACAGAGUAUCACUGAUUAACUCAUGGCAUGUCAUAACAGAUAUCCAGGUGUAUCAUUCUUAUAGACAACCUGAUGUGUUUAAACAUUUGUGUAUGAUAAAUAAUGGUGGCUGCAGUCAUUUGUGUCUCUUAGCUCCUGGUAAAACAUACACUUGCGCCUGCCCCACUAAUUUUUACCUUGCUGCAGAUAACAAGACCUGCUUGUCAAACUGCACAGCCAGUCAGUUCCGUUGCAAAACUGAUAAAUGUAUUCCAUUCUGGUGGAAAUGUGAUACUGUAGAUGACUGUGGGGAUGGAUCGGAUGAACCUGAAGAAUGUCCUGAAUUUAAAUGUCAACCAGGACGUUUUCAGUGUGGAACUGGACUUUGUGCUCUGCCAGCCUUUAUCUGUGAUGGAGAAAAUGAUUGUGGGGACAAUUCUGAUGAACUCAACUGUGACACACAUGUCUGCCUGUCAGGUCAGUUCAAGUGUACAAAGAAUCAGAAAUGUAUUCCAAUAAAUCUAAAGUGCAAUGGACAAGAUGACUGUAGUGAUGAAGAAGAUGAAAGAGACUGUCCGGAAAACAGCUGUUCUCCAGACCAUUUCCAGUGUAAAACUACAAAACACUGUAUUUCUAAACUGUGGGUAUGUGAUGAGGACCCGGACUGUGCUGAUGGAUCAGAUGAAGCAAACUGUGAUAAAAAGACUUGUGGGCCUCAUGAAUUCCAGUGCAAAAACAACAACUGUAUUCCAGAUCACUGGAGAUGUGACAGCCAAAAUGAUUGUGGUGAUAAUUCAGAUGAAGAAAACUGCAAGCCUCAAACCUGCACUUUGAAAGACUUUCUCUGCACAAAUGGAGAUUGUGUUUCUGCAAGAUUCUGGUGUGACGGGGAUUAUGAUUGUGCAGAUGGCUCAGAUGAGCGAUACUGUGAACCUGGCUGCUCAAAAGACCAGUUCCAGUGUUCCAAUGGUCAGUGCAUAUCAGCAAAAUGGAAAUGUGAUGGUCACGAAGACUGCAAAUUUGGGGAUGAUGAGAAAAAUUGUGAACCAGCAUCUCCAACCUGCUCUUCAACCGAGUAUGUGUGUGCCAGUGGAGGAUGUAUCUCAGCGUCUUUGAGGUGUAAUGGAGAAUUUGACUGUGCUGAUGGCUCUGAUGAGAUGGAUUGUGUAACAGAAUGUAAAGAAGAUCAGUUUCGAUGCAAAAAUAAGGCCCACUGUAUCCCCAUCAGAUGGCUAUGUGAUGGAAUCCAUGACUGUGUGGAUGGCAGCGAUGAAGACAACUGUGAAAGAGGGGGAAAUAUAUGUAAAGCCGAUGAGUUUCUGUGCAACAAUUCACUUUGUAAACUCCAUUUUUGGGUGUGUGAUGGAGAAGAUGACUGUGGGGACAACUCAGAUGAAGUCCCUGAAAUGUGUGUCAAAUUUCCAUGCCCACCUACAAGACCCUACCGAUGUAGAAACAACAGGGUUUGUCUGCGACCUGAACAGAUUUGCAACGAGAUUGAUGACUGUGGUGAUAACUCAGAUGAAUAUCACUGUGAUAAGAUCCCAUAUAAAGCAAAACCUUGUAAAAAGGACGAGUUUACUUGUAGUGAUAAAAAAUGUAUACCCAUGGAGCUGCAGUGUGAUCAGUUUGAUGACUGUGGAGAUGGUUCAGAUGAGCAAGGAUGCAAAAUAAGUCCCAUUGAAUAUACCUGUGAAGCUGAUGUGAAUCCUUGUGGAGAUGAUGCAUACUGUAAUCAAACAAAAUCAUUCGUUUUCUGUCAGUGUAAGCCUGGAUUUCAGAGAAACAGGAGGAAUAGGCAGUGUGAAGAUAUCAAUGAAUGCAUGAUAUUUGGCAUCUGUUCACAUCAGUGUACUAAUAUUAAAGGAUCAUACAAAUGUAUAUGUGAGAGAAAUUAUAAGGAAAAGAAUAACAGCUGCAUAGCAAAAGGCUCUGAAGAUCAAGUUCUCUACAUUGCUAAUGACACUGAUAUCCUGGGUUUUAUAUAUCCAUUCAACUACAGUGAUGUUCAUCAACAAAUUUCACAUGUUGAACAUAAUUCAAGGAUAACUGGGAUGGAUGUAUAUUAUCAAGGUGAUAUGAUUAUUUGGAGUACUCAGUUUAAUCCAGGAGGUAUUUUCUACAAAAAGCUCCACGGCAGAGAAAGAAGACAAAGUAAUAGUGGUUUGAUCUGUCCUGAAUUCAAAAGACCCAGGGAUAUUGCUGUUGACUGGAUUGCUGGAAAUAUUUACUGGACUGAUCAUUCUAGAAUGCAUUGGUUCAGUUAUUAUACAACUCAUUGGACAAGUUUAAGAUACUCCAUCAAUGUAGGACAGUUGAAUGGACCAAACUGUACAAGGUUGCUUACAAAUACGGCAGGAGAACCAUAUGCAAUUGCUGUAAAUCCUAAAAAGGGGAUGAUGUAUUGGACAGUCAUUGGGGACCACUCUCACAUAGAAGAAGCAGCUAUGGACGGUACUCUAAGAAGGAUAUUGGUACAGAAGAAUUUACAAAGACCUACAG